AUGUCGAAUUUAGCGAAAUCUGAUAUCGAGCGCUUAGGUCGCCAAAGACCGCCUCAGUUCAAGACAGUAUGGAUUGAAAUUGGAUUUGUAUUUUCUACUUGUGUUUCUCAAGUUCUUUCGGAGUAUUUCGUUAGCGGUUUUGCCGUCAUUGUUCCAAGUCUUAUGAAAGAUCUCAAUAUCCCAAUAUCCUCAUCAACAUGGCCAGCAUCAGCUUAUUCUCUGAUGGUUUCAUCAGUAAUGCUACCCUUCGGUAGACUGGCAGAUAUAUACGGUGGAAGACGAGUUUAUAUGGGUGGUCUCGCGUGGCUCACGCUCUGGUCGUUGAUUGCUGGAUUCUCGAAAGAUCAAUAUAUGCUUGAUAUAUGCCGGGCUUUGCAGGGGCUGGGGCCAGCUGCAUUCAUGCCAUCCGGGAUGAUGUUACUAGGUCGAACAUAUCGACCAGGACCAAGGAAGAAUCUCGUUUUCAGUAUAUAUGGUGCAUGUGGGGCCGCUGGAUUUUUCAUCGGCAUUUUCUUUGCUGGGCUGACUGCCCAAUUUGCUACAUGGGCAUGGUUCUUUUGGGUGGGGGCUAUUUUGUCUUUCCUGAGUGUCGCUUCUGCAAUGCUUUGCAUUCCAUCCGAAAACGAUAAGCGCGAUGACCUUCAGAUGGAUUGGCUCGGGUCAGGGCUUCUAGCAGCCAGUUUCAUACUUUUCGUUUUCGCCAUAACGCAAAGCGCUUAUGCGCCGCACGGAUUCAAGACCUCAUAUAUCAUUGUUACAUUUGUGUCAGGGAUAGUCCUUUUCGCAAUCGCGAUGUAUGUCGAACGAUAUGUUGCAAGCCAGCCACUCCUACCAUAUUCGCUUUUUGCCGUCCCGAACAUGAAACCUCUAUUCAUCGCUUUAUUCUUCACAUAUGGAAGUCUUGGAGUCUUUCUUCUUUAUGCUACAUUCUACUGCACCAAUAUACUGGGUGCUUCGUGCCUGCAACUGGUUGCAUGGUUUAUUCCACUUGCUAUUGGAGGAUGUCUUAUCGGUACAUUCGGCGGCUUCAUACUCCAUCUCAUUCCUGGCACAGCUCUGAUCAUAUUCUCUGGUAUAUGCUGGAUCAUUGCCCCUUUACUAUUCGCACUCGCUCCCAUACAUGCAUCAUUCUGGGCAUGGGUAUUCACCGCAAUGACCUUUGCAACUCUUGGUAUAGAUAUAACAUUCAACGUCACCACCAUCUUCAUCACUACUUCUCUACCUUCAUCUCAACAGGGUCUUGCAGGCGCCCUUAUAAACUCGAUAAUGCAAUUCUCUAUCGCGGUAUGCCUAGGUCUCUCUGAAAUCAUUGCAAACGCCGUGCAGAACAAAAGCGGAAGUUUGCGAGAAAGCUACAGAGCCGUAUUUUGGUUCGAGGUCACAUGCGCGAGUAUCGCAUUGUGCAUCCUGAUCCCCUUUUGCAAAAUUGACUCUGCGACAGCUGGACUGACGGACGAGGAACGAAAGGAUUGUGAAGUGGAAAACAAGAAUGCUAGUAACCGUUCUACGGAGAUAGAGAAUACGGAUCGGGGUACCCGUGCGGGUCAUUUCGAAACACCAUCUUCCUCUUCUGAUUCGCUGGGUCAACAAGCAUGUUGA